GGAUUGACAGGACGCUUGCAGCAGCAGCACCCUGAAAGACCAACGAAAAAAAAAAAGAAUCGGGCGAAACUUAGAGGAUAUAGAGGGCUGGGAGGGGAAAGAAAGCGUUACAAAAAUAUAUAGACAUACACAAAAAUACAAACCUGCACCUUCAACUUUUGGCUCGCCGUUCCACCCUCACGUGCGCGGCUGCUCCAGAUUCUGCUCGCGCACUGUGUGCCGUCCGGAGCGCGCGCUCUCUCACACAAACGAGUGUGUUCUGCUGAGAAACGACCGAACCCGGUGAGAACCGACAGCCUUUGACCAGAAAGGAUGGCUGAUAGGGAACAACUGAUCCAAAGAGCCCGUCUGGCGGAGCAGGCGGAGCGCUACGAUGAUAUGGCCUCCGCGAUGAAGCUGGUCACAGAGCUGAACGAACCAUUGUCCAACGAAGACCGCAACCUGCUCUCAGUGGCUUAUAAGAACGUUGUUGGGGCCCGGCGGUCAUCUUGGCGUGUCGUUUCUAGCAUAGAGCAGAAGACGGCAGCAGAUGGCAACGAGAAGAAGCUGGAACUGGUGCGUGUCUACCGAGAGACCAUUGAGAAGGAGCUGGAGUCAGUGUGCCAAGACGUUCUCACCCUGCUGGACCAGUACCUCAUCAAGAACUGUGACGAAACCCAGGUGGAGAGCAAGGUCUUCUACCUGAAGAUGAAGGGCGACUACUACCGAUAUCUGGCCGAGGUGGCCACUGGUGAAAAGAGGGCCUCUGCCGUCGAAUCGUCCGAAGGCGCCUACAAAGAGGCUUUUGAUAUUAGCAAGGGCAUGCCGGCCACCCAUCCCAUCCGCCUGGGCUUGGCGCUCAACUUUUCCGUCUUCUACUACGAGAUCCAAAACGCGCCUGAGCAGGCCUGCCAGCUUGCCAAGGAAGCCUUCGAUGACGCCAUCGGCCACCUGGACAAUCUGAACGAGGACUCCUAUAAGGACUCCACGCUCAUCAUGCAGCUCCUGCGGGACAACCUCACCCUGUGGACCAGCGACCAGCAGGACAGUGAAGGAGGAGAUGCCAAUAACUGAGAGAUCAGCCACUUCUAGCUGUAGUAGCACCCAUCUGUCCCUUCUACACUGUCUUCUUUGAACCUGCAUCUUAUUUCUCUCUGUCUGCUCCUUCCUUUCUCCCUCUCUCUUCUCCAUUCCAUCUUUCCUGUCUCUUUGUGACACCUCAAUGCUCUUCUUUGGUUCCUCAGGGCAGCACUUCAGAUCCUUGAUUACUCUCUCACCUCUUUUUACCCCUUUUCCACCAACAGGAUGCCGGUACCCAAACUGGAACCGUUCCACUACAGAAAAGGCGGUUCUGGGAUCGAAAAGUGCUGUUGGCCUCUACUAAUGUGAAUGUAAAACCAAACAACGCCCCUUUAUAAAGCAUUCAGUUGAUGCAUGUUGUCAUUUUAUUCCUUAUACAUCACCUGUGAUGUACUUUGGAUGUUAAAAUGCAUUGCAAUUCAAAAAAUUCAUGAGUAAAAAUAAACUAAUAAAAAUGUGAUUAUUUCCGAAUAUCAUAUAUGCAAAUUGACUGCUAUCAUACUUUGGAUGUUUAAGUGUACACUUAAAAAAAAAAAAAAAAAAAAAAAGGAAA